AUGGCCUCGGUUAAAAAAGACAACAGACUGACGAGCUCUCAGAGCUCUAUGUGCGUCGGUUUCGCUGGGGUUUUCAGUAAAACCGUCACGUCGCCCCUUGAGGUGGUUAAAAUCAAAAGUCAGGUGGGAACUUUUUACUGCAAGAAGGGUUUCUGGCAAAGUUUUCUCCUCAUCUACCAGAAUGAGGGUAUUCGAGGAUUUUGGAAAGGAAACCUCGCCUCCUGUCUGCGGUUGUUCCCCUACACCGCAGUUCAUCUCACAACAUACAAAAAGUUAGUCCACCUUCACAUGGAUGAACUGGGCUUCAUCUCUCAGUGGAGAGCCAUAUUCGCCGGCGGACUGGCUGGUAUUGCUGCUGCCCUGACCACGUACCCUCUGGAGGUGGCAGAGACCAGGCUCAUCGUUCAGAACUGCAGACAGCCCACAUACGUCGGCGUAGCUCACACUCUCUCAAAGAUCUACAGGAAUGAAGGGCUGCUUGCUCUCUACAGGGGCUUUUCCCUCACUUUAUUGGGUGCAUUUCCGUUUUCUAUCGGAUGCUAUGCAGUCUACAUGAACUUGGACAAACUCUGGCAGGAGCCUCCUUUUCGCUUCACUCCCCUUCAGAACUUCAUUAAUGGCUGCCUCGCAGCGGGAGUGGCCCAAACACUCUCCUACCCUUUUGAAACAGUUAAACGGAAGAUGCAGGCGCAGAGUGCCCGUCUUCCCCAUUUUGGUGGAGUUGACGUCCAUUUCAGUGGAAUGAUGGACUGUUUCAUACAGGUUGUUAAAAACAAGGGCGUCCUCUCACUGUGGAAUGGCCUUACUGCCAACACAAUAAAGAUUGUUCCCUACUUUGGCCUUCUUUUCACCUGCUUCGAGAUGUGUAAGCAGGGCUGCCUUUACCGCAACGGGUACAUCGUCUCACCCCUGAGCUACAAACUUGCACCGGGGGUUGACCAGAGCCUCGGGCCGUACGAGUUGGAAGACGCAAAGCGCUACUUGAAAAACAGGAACUUUGGGUCAGGGGAGUCGUCUUUCAGAAACCGCUGGUGAAACUUGACAUGAGAAGAUAUCUUGUGUAAAACACUGACUGUUGACCACACUUGACCAGCAAAUUGAAAUACUUGUUGUGUCUAUGAUAAUUACAUAACAUUUCAGGUUUCAUGUCUUCAUAGAAGGCGUUAGCCAUCUAUUUAAAUGAUGUCCUGUCAGCAACGGUCUACCUCUUUCAGAAACAGUUAUUUUAUCUGAUAGUAUUAUUUGUUAAUGAAAUGUUCCCUCACCCUUCAUGUCUUUCCAUAACUUUUCUUAACCAAACAUUAUGUGCCUUGAGCAUUAAAUAUUUAUUUCAGGGCUUAUUUCAGUUAUUGACAUCAAAUGGUGCCAUACUGUAGUUUAUCAAAAUAACUUGUAAAUGUGCUUUUACUCCACUUCUUGUGUGAUACAUUAUAUUUUUAAUGUAUAAUGAAUGGAGAAAUGUUGAUGCUUCUUGUGUUUGAGUAUGAUCAAUCAUGUAAAUGUGCUAACAUUGAUUGUGAUGAAAGACAUGCAUAAAACAUAAAAAUUUCAUUGAGACAA